GUGUGUGUGAAUGUAUUCAGGAAAUUUUCAAACAGGGAAAAUGUUUAAAUUCUUCAGUAUUGAUUUCAACCUUUAAAUCUUUUAUUGGCAGAGAGAUGGCAAACACGCAACUUCAAGGAGAAGUUCCUGUUUCCAUAUUCAGCCUUCCCAAUUUACAGUCUGGAUUAUUAAAGAACAACCAGCUCAAUGGUUCCUUAGAUAUUGGCACCACCUAUAGCACCCAAUUGCAACUCAUUGAUCUACAGAACAAUUCGAUUUCUAACUACACAGAAAUCGCUGGAGGGUACAACAACGAAUUGAUACUUGUGGGCAACCCAAUUUGCGAGAAACAGAACAUCAAAAGUAGUUAUUGCGCAGUUUCCGAACCAAAUACUAGCACAUCAUACUCGACUCCACCAAAUAACUGUCAGCCUAUUUCCUGCAGUUCGGGUCAAGUUUCCAGCCCCAAUUGUUUAUGCGCAUAUCCAUAUAGUGGAACUCUAGUUUUCAGAGCAACUUCCAUCUCAGACUUGAGGGACUCAGUUUACUACACAAAACUUGAGGCGUCUCUAAUGCAAUCUUUUCAGUCCCAAAAACUGCCUGUAAAUUCAAUCUCCCUGAGUAACCCAAUUAAAGACUUUUCUGAGGACUUUAGAAUAAGACUACAAAUCUUCCCAUCUGGCCAAGGUCGUUUCAAUCGAACAGGACUUUCUCAGGUUGGGUUUGUGUUCAGCAAUCAGAGUUUUAAGCCCCCACAAGGUUUUGGACCUUACUAUUUUCUACCUGAUCAUGUUCCAUAUGAUUUCUAUGCAGGCGUUAUAAUUGGAGCAGCAGUUGGUGGCACUGUCCUGCUUCUAUUAUUACUCCUUGCAGGGGUCUAUGCUUUCCGCCAAAAGAGAAGAGCACAAAGAGCUUCUGAGCAAUUGAAUCCUUUUUGGAAGAUAGCUAUGAUUGGUGGCAUUCCUCAAUUAAAAGAAGCAAGAUGCUUCUCCUUUGAAGAGCUUAAGAAGUACACCAACAAGUUCUCUGAAGAAAAUUCUAUUGGAUCUGGUGGUUAUGGGAAGGUUUAUCGGGGGACUCUUCCCACUGGUCAACCAAUUGCUAUCAAACGAGCUCAUAAAGAGUCUUUGCAGGGGGGGCAUGAGUUCAAAAAUGAGAUUGAACUUCUAUCAAGGGUUCAUCAUAAGAAUCCGGUUAGCCUUGUUGGUUUUUGUUUCGAUCAAGGUAAACAAAUGCUUGUAUAUGAGUAUGUUCCAAAUGGUACUUUGAAGGAUAGCCUCUCAGGGAAGUCAGGAAUUAAGUUGGAUUGGAUGAGGAGACUAAAAGUAGCCCUAGGUGCAGCAAGAGGACUGGCCUAUCUUCAUGAACUUGCCAACCCUCCUAUUAUACACAGGGUCAUUAAAUCAGCCAACAUUCUGCUUGAUGAGCACAUAAAUGCAAAAGUUGCUGAUUUUGGUCUCUCUAAACCUAUGGGUGAUGAUGAAAAGGAUCACGUCACCUCUCAAGUGAAGGGCACAAUGGGCUACUUGGAUCCUAAGUAUUACAUGACCCAACAGUUGACUGAAAAGAGUGAUGUAUAUAGCUAUGGAGUGGUAAUGUUGGAGCUGGUAACUGCAAGAAUGCCAAUUGAACGGGGGAAAUACAUUGUCAGAGUGGUGCAGAUGGCAAUGGAUAAAACAAAAGUAUUAUACAACCUUCAUGAAAUUCUUGACCCCGCCAUUGGUUUGCAAACAUCACUGAAAGGAUUAGAGAAGUUCGUGGACCUGGCAAUGAGUUGUGUUGAAGAAUCAGGAGCUAACAGACCUGCAAUGAGUGAUGUGGUCAAAGAGAUUGAGAACAUAAUGCAGAUAGCUGGUUUGAACCCCAAUGCUGAAUCUACAAUGGGGCUUUUCCAACUUCAAAGAUAG